AUGCUGAUUACUGACUAUGAGGUUUUUAAAAAUGAAGACAUCGUAGACCACGAUUACAGAGUAAGGGAUGGGGAGGUGUGGAAAACUUCUCCAGUGAAUGCUGGGACUGAAGACUGCUUAUUGUCUUCUGAGUUUUAUGCUGAGCAAGAUGCCCAAGGGAAAGAAAGCCAAGGGAAGAAGGUGGCCCCGGCCCCCGCCGUCGUGAAGAAACAAGAGGCCAAGAAGGUGGUGAACCCUUUGUUUGAGAAGAGGCCUAAGAACUUCGGCAUUGGGCAGGACAUCCAGCCCAAACGAGACCUCACACGCUUCGGCAAAUGGCCCCGGUACAUUCUGCUGCAGCGGCAAAGGGCCAUCCUCUGUAAGCGGCUUAACGUUCCUACUGCCGUUAACCAGUUCACCCAGACCCUGGACUGGCAAACAGCUACCCAGCUGCUCAAGCUUGCCCACAAGUACAGGCCAGAGACAAAGCAGAAGAAAAAGCAAAGACUGUUGGCCCGUGCUGAGAAGAAGGCUGCUGGCAAAGGGGACGUCCCAACUAAGAGGCCACCUGUUCUUCGAGCAGGAGUCAAUACAGUCACCACCUUGGUGGAGAACAAGAGGGCUCAGCUGGCGGUAAUCGCCCACGAUGUAGUCCUCACUGAGCUGGAUUGCCCACCAUGUAGACCCUAUUGA